AUGGAUAUGAGUAAAAUAACAGUGAGUCUAAGGCCAUGCUCUGGGUGGCGAGUGGUGGCAAAGAAGUGUCGUCGAGGCUCAGAUGAGCUUGUUCACUACGUAAAGAAACUGCAAAGACGGGAGAUUUCCUCGAAGUGUCACCAUGCUUUCUAUAUGAGCAAUGCUUACGAACGGUUCCGCAACAUCUGCUUGCAGGUUCAUUUCAGUUACACUAACUCCAGUACCAAUCAACCAGAUUCGGUGCUUCCCAAAAUUCAGCAGCAGCACUUCAUUUACAGCAGGGUAGAGGCAGCUCCAGCAGCCACGGUAGCUGAGUUUUCUUCUGUGUAA